AUGACAUUAGUACUUGAGGUUAUAUUUUUGUUUAUGUUAUGAUCAUACAAUUUUAUAAUAAUGGCCAUUAAUUAUCAACACAUUUUUAUUACUGUUGGCACGACAAGAUUUGACUUGCUUGUGGAGACAAUUUUCAAACCGUCGUGCAUUGAAGCUGUGAAGAAAUUGGGUUGUAAAACGAUUACGUUUCAAAUCGGCAAUAGUGACUUUGAGCCUGGUGAUUACGUGGAGAACGGUGUUAAAUUGCAAGUGUAUAGGUUUAAAGAUUCUUUGCAAGAGGACAUAAUACGUUCGGAUUUGGUGAUAAGUCACGCUGGGGCGGGUAGCUGUUUAGAAGCACUUGAAGCUAGAAAACCUUUGCUUGUUGUAGUAAAUGAAGAUUUGAUGGACAAUCACCAACUGGAGCUAGCAGAGCAAUUGCAGGUGGACGGCCACCUUUAUUAUUGUACCUGUGACACGUUUGAAAGUACUCUAGAUAUGGUAGACUUCAAUUUAUUGACUCCAUUUCCAAAACCAGAUCCUUCAGUUUUUGUGAAAUAUUUAGAUGAUGUAUUCAGAGUUAAACCUAAGAUCAAUUAGCCAUUGGUCUUUUUUAUUUCAACGCUACCCUACACCCAUUAAUAGGAUAUAGUAUACAGUGCUUAAGAAAAACAACAUAUGUUGAGUAUAAGAAAAUAGUGUAAAUACACAUUCCUAACCUAUGUAAUUUAAUUCAUAGGCAAAUAAUGUUUAUGUAUAUAUUUAAGAGAAUAAAAAUGUAUAUACUAUAUUUUUAAAUAUAUUUUUGUUUGUAAUGAAUAAACCCAAAAACUGCUGGGCCUAUUUUGAUGAAAUUUGGCAUAGAUAUAGACGAAACCUUCAGGAAUGACAUAAGCUAAUUUACUAUGAUUUUACCCGAGCAAAGCCAGGGCGGGCCACUAGUAAUGUUUAAAAUUAAAUCAUAUAUGUAAUAAAUAAUUAUAAAUAUUAAAAAUAAAAAAGCUUUCUCA